CUCGUGGAUGAGUAAACCAGGAUGGCAUACUGAAGUUGGUGUGUGGCCAAGGGGUGGAGGCUAGUCUCCAUCCAGCUCGGUGGAUGUCAGCUGGUUCUAUAAGAUAGACCUCGGGCUCUCAGUAGUGGGCUGUAUGUACUGCUGCUGAUAAGACUGAGACGGAGACUGACCAAUCCCACCGGGAGAACUGAACAGACCGCAUAGGAGAUAUGGGGGUGUACAAUGAACAAGGGGAAGCUUUGGGGGAGACAGACUCCAGUGUCAUGCUGCCCAAAGGGACGAGUAGGUUCGGCCGUCGCCAUGACACCCACGGACCUCUCGCCCUUCGCAGGAAGGGCUGCAGACUUCCACCUAAAGACAUAUUCAACGACACAAUGUACAUAGUUGGGGGCUGGAGCCAGGAGGACCCAUCGUGCCCUGUGGAGCAGUUCUUUCCUCAGUACAACGAGUGGCGGAUGAUGGCCUCCAUGGUCCAGCACCGUGGGAACGCGGCCGUGGGCACCCUGGAUGGGAAGGUCUACACUGUGGGCGGAGAGGAUAACGUUUCCUGCUUCAGCAGCGUGGAGAGGUAUGACCCCGACACCGACAGCUGGAGCAGCGACGUGGCCCCCCUGAGUAGCCCCCGCAGUGGGGUGUGUCUGCUGGAGGCGGACGGACACCUCUGGGCCUUUGGAGGCUUCGACGGCAUGGCUGCGACCAACACGGUGGAAAGGUAUGACCCCAAGAUGAACACGUGGAAGAAGCAGGCUCCGAUGCAGUCGAGGCGCACCAGGGCGGCCGCGGCCGUGCUGGACGGACACCUGUACGUGGUCGGAGGAAGCGACGGAGACAUGCCCCUCGACUCAGUGGAGUGCUACAACCCAGUGGAUGGGACCUGGGCUGUGUGCCCCCCCAUGUUGAGCCCCAGGGAGAACGCCGGCUGCGCCGUGUUCCUGGGGCGUCUCUACGUGGCGGGCGGCCGCGACGAGCUGCUCCUGGAGCUCAGCGCCGUGGAAACGUAUGACCCGGAAACCCUGAGAUGGACCCCGGUCAAACGCAUGAGGUCCAAGAGAAACAACGUCUCUCUGAUGGUGUUCAACGGGACGUUGUUGGCAGCAGGAGGCUCUGAUAACUUCACCAACCUGAAAACUCUAGAAGUGUACAACCAUGAGACGAACACCUGGAGACACUUUGGGAGCAUGAAGACCAAGCAUCCAGGAGGCCAGGUCGCCAUCUUGAAAAGAGAGGAGGGGUACCUUCUCUGAACCGUCCAAACACCGAACAUGGCUGCAUGAAUCAUCAAAUCAACGUUUAUUUUGUUUCAGACCUUUUUACAGGCGAUGUUCCAGAGGUCUUCAGAUUUGUCCAUAAGAUGACUGCAGAAUAAGGCACAAAUGCGUCAUGUAAAUAUGUUAGCACACAAUGUCAUAUGCAGAAAUGUCUGUAUAGUUUGCCAAAUCCAACAACUGCCCCGUUUGAACUAAUCACUGUAUUUAUUGCUGUAAUAAUUGAUAUUGAUGGGAUGUCCACUGGGAUAGACAGUCAUGAAACGUGUUGAGAAUAGUAACACUUGUACCAGGAAGUAAGCAGGUUCCACCGGAAGUGAGGAAGAUGUCAGUGAGCUGGUGAGGCAGCUAAAGGUGAAACAGGAAGUACUAAUACUGUCAUGGUGCUAACGUGUCACAUGGUCUGGUGUGUUCAUGGUUACGGUAGCUGCAUUGUCAUGAUAUUAUCAUUGUAAAUACAGUAUAUUAGAUUUCUGUGUUGACAAAUGUUUGCACAAGUUUGUCUGUGUGUGUUAGGCUGUGGUGUUCAACCCUGGUCCUCAAGGCCCACUGUCCUGUAUGUUUCCCUGCUCUAACACACCUGAUUCAUAUGAAUGGUUGCUAUCAAGCUCUGCAGAACAGAAACGACCAUUCAUUUGAAUUAGGUGUGCUGGAUCAGGGAAUCAUCUAGAACAUACUGGGCACUUAUGACCAGGGUUGAAGACUACUGUCUUAGACAAAUGUAUGACCAUUAUACAGGAUGUUGGCUGUACUGUACAGGAACUUACAUCAGUAUUUGGCAGUGGCAAGGUAAACAGUGCUACAGGCUAACAUAUGACAGUAUCAAGUGGAGUCAGUUGGAGCUAAGAUGCAAAGACAGAUACAGGAAAGAUUACUGAUUUUUUUCGCCUGGGAAAGUGAAUUUGGGUAAUCUGGGACAUUGGGUAAUGUGGGACACCUAAACUCCAGAGCGUUUUCUUCCCUGCUAUGACAAUGUCAAGUCCACAGAACUUUUACCCUAGGUUUAGCAUGGAUGUUAUGUGACUGAAAUCACAAAACGUGAUUGGGGGGUGUCACAGAAAGGGUCAGGGUCAGUCAAUAAAGUAGCUCCGAUGAGAAAAUGAAUGCAAAAAAUGUCCCAGAUUAUUCGAAUUCACCCUACUAAAUAGUUAGACGAUAUGAAUGACGCAUACAACAGCAUUCCCCAGAGCUUUGAGAAAAACGUACGGAAUUCAUGUCGGAGAGGGCUGUCUUGCUUCUGAUGUAACUGCAGCGUUUCUCUCUCUCCAUUUAUCCCUCUUUCUUUCACCCUGUCUCACCCCACCUUUCUCUCUCCCCCUCUCUCUCGACUGAAUGGAUUUCUUUCUGCUUCUUGUUAAGACUCAGGGAACAUGUUUACUUUGCUGAGGACAGGAUGGUUAGAGGCAUGUAGAAUUAAAGAUGUAGGUCGAGAAUGAUGUUAAGAUCGUAGCACCUGAAUGACAUGUACUGUACAGUACAUAAUCAACCAUGGUAAAGUUGCAAUCCGAUUAAAUUCUGAUUUAUUCUGUGAGCUCUA